AACUACCAUGACUAGAGAUCGCUCCGCCUCUGGAACUAUUCCCUCGAUGGAGAGCACCCACGAGGUUCUGAAAGAUAAUACAAUCAUCAUCGUCUUUGGUGCUUCUGGAGACCUAGCGAAGAAAAAGACGUUCCCUGCUCUCUUUACUCUCCUCCGACAAGACUUCCUCCCUCGCGAUGUCAAGAUCGUGGGCUAUGCGCGCACGAAAAUGGACAAGGAAGAGUUCCACAAGAGGAUCACAUCGUAUAUCAAGAAUCCCAACGAUGAUCCUGAAAUUGCCGCCAAGAUUGAGAAGUUCAAAAGCAUCUCCACCUACGUUCCAGGAGACUAUGACGAUGGCGCUGCCUUCGAUAACCUCAACCAAUAUCUGGAGGAAAUCGAGUCAAGUUACCAAUCUAAGGAGCGCCAUCGACUCUUCUACCUCGCUCUUCCUCCCAGUGUUUUCAUUCCAGUUUGCAAAAAUGUCAAAGAACACUGUUAUAUCAAGAAGAAUGGUAUCAAUCGAAUAAUCAUAGAGAAGCCUUUCGGAAAGGACCUCGAAUCCGCUCGUGAACUUUUAGGCACCGUUAAGAAGUACUGGUCGGAAGACGAAACUUUCCGGAUCGAUCACUACCUCGGUAAAGAGAUGGUGAAAAACCUGCUCGUCCUUCGCUUUGCCAACAUCGCCUUGAGCGCUGCAUGGGACAAGAACUCCGUCAGCAAUGUGCAGAUUACUUUCAAGGAGCCAUUUGGCACUGAAGGACGAGGCGGAUACUUUGACGAGUUUGGUAUCAUUCGUGACGUCCUGCAGAACCAUCUACUUCAGGUAUUGAGUGUCCUUGCCAUGGAGCGGCCGGUAUCAUUCUCUGCGGAAGAUAUCCGUGACGAGAAGGUCAAGGUCCUGCGUGCCAUCCCUCCAAUUGAACCGAAGGAUACGUUAUUGGGACAAUAUGUUUCCGCGAACGGCAAACCCGGGUAUCUCGAUGAUGACACGGUUCCCCGGAAUUCUGUUUGCCCUACGUAUGCAGCCACCACUCUCUGGAUUCACAACCCGCGAUGGGAGGGAGUUCCAUUCAUUCUCAAGGCAGGAAAAGCUCUCAAUGAGGCGAAGGUUGAAGUUCGAAUUCAAUUCAAGGAAGUUACUCAGGGCAUCUUCAGUGAUAUUUCCCGUAACGAGCUCGUCAUUCGUAUACAACCCUCCGAGGCCGUCUAUCUCAAAAUCAACGCGAAAACACCCGGGCUGCAGACCCGAGCAAUGCCCACUGAGAUGGAUUUGACCUACAAGAGGAGGUUCUUACAUGCAAAGAUCCCUGAGGCUUACGAAGCCCUUAUUCUCGAUGCGUUGAAUGGGGAUCAUUCCAACUUUGUCCGCCAUGACGAACUCGAUGUUGCGUGGAAGAUCUUCACGCCGAUUUUGCACUGGAUAGAUGGAUUGAACGGACAGAGACCUCGUCCUGUUCCUUAUCCUUACGGUUCUCGUGGACCUAAGGAGUUGGAAGCAUUCGUCGAAAAAUACGGUUUCAAACGUGCGAAUGCAGGAUACGUCUGGCCAAUCGCCAGCUUGGCAUCCCUGUGAGAUAACCGAAAAUUCGAAGUGGAAAAUGAAUCGUGAAUCGUAUUAUAUUGUUGUACUUAUCAUGCAAUAGAACUCGUAUCCAUGAAGACCUAGAACACUCCUCGAGCACUGUGCCC